CCCUCGAGUACCUUGUAAGGUGAGUUCCACCAUUGGAAACACAUAGUCAAAUUUGGUUUAUAUUCGUUCAAGAAGAUCUUAGAACGAAAGAGGACUGGCACUGUCAGCUUCAGAACCAGAUAAAUUUUCCCUGCCGUGCAUCCCUCCGGCCCGGAAGUCGCCGCCGACUGCGGGGUGAGGGGCGUUCUCACUCCCUAUUUUUUUUUCCGAGUGGCGGGAGUUGGGCUUGAUCAUUUACGGCGCCGAGCGGACUUAUGUCUGUUGUCCUUAGUCGGUUCGAGGAUUCGCUGCAGAGGAAGGAAGGAAGGAAGGACUUUGGCAGGACCGCACUGGAAAUCCGAGUGUACUGGAAUGUCGGACACCGCCUACCGCCUGCAGGUCGGUUGGCAGGCGCGGCCUAUCUGCGCAAGAUGCAAAGCCGCAGGAGCGCACACAGAGCCAGGCCUUUUUGUGGUCAUCGCGGGCGGCCGGGCUUCCUUAUAGCGUUGGUGUUCCGCCUAUUGAAUUGGCUUUGAGGAAGGUGUCGAGUAGACAGCGUUUUCGCAGCUUCCGUCAGUUGUCGGUACUUGAACGCGCACCCUUGACCGACAACCUGGAAGCAGGAGGCGGGCAGCCCUAUUCAGGGAGCAGUACCUGUUCAACGUGUUCGAGGUGAUCGUCUCGACGCUGGAGACCAAACUGCAGCGGAUCGAGAACCUGGACAAGGCGGUGGAGCACCUGAUGCGGCGGGUCGAGGCCCUCGACUCGCGCGUCAACGACAACAUCGACAAGACGGACUCGGUCAUCUCCAAGCUGCGCGCUAUGGACCAGCGCCUGUUCCAGGCCGUGCCCGGCGGGUUAGCCGCGGCGGCGGCGGGUGGCGGCGGCGCGGCCAGCGGGGCAGCAGCGGCUGCCGCCGCCGCCGCUGCAGCGGGUGACAUCGACAACCGGCUCGUCUCCCUGGACCAGAAGGUGUCGGACAUCGGCUCCAAGCUGUCGACGCUCAAGAACCAGCUCGACACCAACUUCCUGCCCGCGGACGACAUCAACGCCGAGGCCAGCGAGAAGAAGCCCGUCAGCAUGAACGUGGUCGACAUCGGCAAGGUGCUGAGCGCCGAGGUGACGCGCGAGCUGCAGGCGCUGCGCACCGCCACGGCCAGCGUGGACCGCCUCGACCGGAAACUCACCUUCCACAUGAACCUCGUGUCCGAGAACCUCGGCAAGGUGCUGUCCAUGGUGAACGACGUGCAUGAGGCCGUGGUGGAGCACGUGGAGGCGCCGCCCGCCUCGCCGGCCUCGCCCGUCUACCGAAACCGCACCACCACCACGACCACCACCACCACGGAGGCGCCCAGCGCGCAGCAGGUCAAGAGGAGCAAGCUGGACCGCCUGGUCAAGCAGAUGUACCCCAUCCUCAGCGUGUCCGAGAAGAUGGACGAGGUCUGGGACGUGGUUGUGGGUACCAAAACCUCGGUCGACGACCUGGUUCCCAAAUCGGACGAGCUCCUCACUCAGACGCAGCGACAGGAACGCGCUAUUAACGACGUCCACGCUGACCUCCGCCAGAAGGCCAACAAGAUCAUCGCCAACCUGGACCUGGUGGAGAAGAGGCUCAAGAAGCAGGAGGACGAGGUGGUGAGCCUGGCUCAGCGGCCGGUGCCCGCCGAGCUUCUUCUCGACCCCACCAUCGACCGCCUGGUCGAGUACGACUCCAACCGGUACUCUGUGCUUUCGAGCAGCAGCCAGGUGGCGUCGAGCCGAGAUGACCUGCAGCCCGAGACAGACCCCCUGCCUGGAGUAGGGGUCCCCUCCCUGACCGCCACCACUACCCCAGCGCCGGUGUUCAGCGUGCAGGGCCAGCUUCCACAAACGGUGACCCCAAGCGCCCCUGUCCCAGCGGGCCAGACAACUCUGAGGCCUCAGAGUCCGUCUGAGGCCACCUCCUCGUCUACGGUGACGUCCACUCCAGGGGGUGCCACCUCCGCCGCAGCCUCCGCCGCCGCGGCUGCGCGCGCCUCCAGGAACAGGGGAGUCAUCUUCCCCUCCGUGAAGAACAAGCCCACCAUCCUCAACACUUCCUUCACCUCGGAGUACUUCUCGAUCAAGGACGUGAAGGGUUAUUCAUGUGUUGAUCUACUAAAUGCUGGUAUGCGGCACUCUGGUGUCUACUACCUCCAAAUUCGAGGUACAACUUAUUGGUUCCUCAAGGUGUUCUGUGAGCAAGAGAUUGCUGAUGGUGGUUGGACUGUUAUCCAAAGGCGUGAUGACUUUGGUGAUCCACGUGAAAACUUCAACCGAGACUGGGCAGACUACAAGAAUGGAUUUGGAGACCCUGCCAAGGAGUUUUGGCUUGGAAAUGAAAAUAUUUACAUGCUCACUAAUAAUGAAGAAUACCAGCUCCGAGUAGAAUUGGAAGAUUUUGAAGGAAACAAGCGAUAUGCUCAAUACUCACACUUCAAGAUUUAUUCAGAAGCAGAGUACUACAAAUUGGAAAUUGAUGGAUAUGAAGGUAAUGCUGGCGAUUCUCUGAACGAUCCAUGGUAUGGAUCAAAUAACAGUCCUUUCUCAACAUAUAACAGGGAUAACGACAGAUCAAGCUUGAACUGCGCCUCAAUGCUGAAGGGAGGCUGGUGGUGGAAGUCAUGUGGAAGAGGUCUCAAUGGACUUUACUUAAAUGACCCACAAGAUUUGACGGCUCGGCAAGGUAUAGUCUGGUUCAGAUGGAGAGGAUGGGACUACACAUUGAAGAGAGCAAGCAUGAUGAUUAGACCGAAGGGUCCAGGAACAAACACAUAGUGUUUUACAGAUGCAUCACCUAUCAUCAUUUUCAUCAAUUCAUUCAUCAACCAGCAAACAUCUGCUAUGCAGGUAGCUGUUCAUUAUCACAAAUUUUUAUUCAUUGCUGUUUCCUGUUCAUCGUUUUGCCCAAAAUUUAGUUUAUAAUACUGCAUGUAUAAAACGAUUUUCCAUCUUAUUCGUUUACUUACUUUGGAGCACUUGUUUUACAAAACUUAUGAUGUACCAACAAAAUUAUGUCUAGUGCGGUAGAUUAGUUAGGUCUUUGUCAUAGUCUGUGUCAGGCUAUAUCAGUAUUUAAUGCUCAUUGAGCCUAGUUAGCAAGUAGAGACCUUAAAUUGGUGCAAAAUUACGACUUAAUUAAGGUUUUGUAAUUUUAAUUAUCCUUUGUUGUUAAAUAACGGAGCUCUUCUUAUUGUCUUGGUUCGUAAAAUAUUUAAUGGGCAAACUUGUUUACCUGUAAAAGCUAUCAAAAUUUUCUGUGCUCUACAGAGUGGAGCACCAAGAAGUAGCGCCAGUAUGUUGAUGAAUGUUAUAUUCCUGAUUUUUGUUUUGAGUGAAAAAAAAAAGUUUCUUUUUCCCAAGCAAACUGUUUCGACUCGGGCCUUAUAGUACGGCCUCAGAAAAAAACUUAAAAAGAUUCUUCUCUAAGUGUGUGAUAAAAGUUCUGGUGGUGCCAUUACCUUCCAAAUAGAUUAGAGUUGCAGACUUUAAGAUUUUCAUCUGCAAAGUUUGGUUAUUUCAAAAUUUGAUUUAAUUCUUAGGGCUUAUACUUCCAAACUUUUCACACUCUUUGACAAGCCAUUUGUUUUUAUUUCUUUUUCAUCUCUAAAGAAAGAAAAUCAGAUAUUUCAGAGCAAGAUAAAGUUUUUGCUCUCUCAUGAUUCACUGAUUGAUGUACAUUUGAGGGUACCCAGCUGAAUUGUCAUCAUCUAUUGAUUUGCAAAGAUUUCUUGUUAACUCUAAUCAGAGUCAACACACCAGAUUCCUAAAUAAUGCCUUGAAAACCCGUUUCCCUCAAAUUUGUGUGUUGUUGCAACAAAAUGUCUUCAGCCAUCAAUUUUCUUCCUCGGCUUGGAGGUGUAUUUUGUACUAUUUAACAUCUUCUAAAUUUGCGGUUUU